CAAGCCGGGGCAACGGCCGCAGGCUCCCUGCCCUGAGCCCACUCCCCCACUCGCCCCCGUCCUAACAAUGGGGAUGGGGCAGAGGGAGUCGCCCCACAGCAGGAAGGAGCGGGGGAUACCUUCUUGGGACCAGAAAUUUUCCUACCUGCUCAUACUUGGUGACUGAGGGAUUACUAAGAUUCCCUUAUUGCUCAUUUCUGAGUAUUGUCUGAACUCUUCUGACACUAUGAAUGCUACUUGGAUGCCUCUCAAGUCUGUUCUCUGGGGAGGCAGUAAGGGGCCGAGGAGCUGGCCUCGGCACCGGGAGAGGCUGGACUUCCUGUCUCUCUGUGCUGAAUGGCUGCGAUGGCGCCCGCUCUCACUGACGCAGCAGCUGAAGCACACCAUAUCCGGUUCAAACUGGCUCCCCCAUCCUCCACUUUGUCCCCUGGCAGUGCCGAAAAUAACGGCAACGCCAACAUCCUUAUUGCUGCCAACGGAACCAAAAGAAAAGCCAUUGCUGCCGAGGACCCCAGUCUAGACUUCCGAAAUAAUCCUACCAAGGAAGAUUUGGGAAAGCUGCAACCACUGGUGGCAUCUUACCUCUGCUCCGAUGUAACAUCUGUGCCCUCAAAGGAGUCGUUGAAAUUGCAAGGUGUCUUCAGCAAGCAGACGGUCCUGAAAUCUCAUCCUCUCUUAUCUCAGUCCUAUGAACUCCGAGCUGAGCUGUUGGGGAGACAGCCAGUUUUGGAGUUUUCCUUAGAAAAUCUUAGAACCAUGAAUACGAGUGGUCAGACAGCUCUGCCACAAGCACCUGUAAAUGGGUUGGCUAAGAAAUUGACUAAAAGUUCAACACAUUCUGAUCAUGACAAUUCCAAUCCCCUCAAUGGGGGAAAACGAGCUCUCACUUCAUCUUCUCUUCAAGGGGGUGAAGUGGUGGCAUCUGAAUCUGGGGACUUGAAGGGGGGUAUGACCAAUUGCACUCUUCCACAUAGAAGCCUUGAUGUAGAACACACAACUAUAUUUAGCAAUAAUAGCACUGCAAACAAAUCUUCUGUAAAUUCCAUGGAACAGCCGGCACUUCAAGGAAGCAGUAGAUUAUCACCUGGCACAGACUCCAGUUCUAACUUGGGGGGUGUCAAGUUAGAGGAUAAAAAGUCUCCCCUGUCUUCCAUUCUUUUCAGUGCUUUAGAUUCUGACACAAGGAUAACAGCUUUACUACGGAGGCAGGCUGAUAUCGAGAGCCGUGCCCGCAGGUUACAGAAGCGCUUACAGGUUGUGCAGGCCAAGCAGGUGGAGAGGCAUAUACAGCAUCAGCUGGGUGGAUUUUUAGAGAAAACUUGGAGCAAACUGCCAAACUUGGAGUCCUUGAGGCCCCGGAGCCAGUUGAUGCUGACUCGAAAGGCUGAAGCUGCAUUGAGAAAAGCUGCCAGUGAGGCCACCACUUCAGAGGGACUUAGCAAUUUCCUGAAAAGCGAUUCGAUUUCCGAAGAAUUGGAGAGAUUUACAGCGAGUGGUAUAGCCAACUUGAGGUGCAGUGAACGAGCGUUUGAUUCAGACAUCACUGACAGUAGUUCGGGAGGAGAGUCUGAUAUCGAAGAGGAAGAACUGACCAGAGCUGAUCCCGAGCAGCGCCAUGUACCCCUGAGACGCAGGUCAGAAUGGAGAUGGGCUGCAGACCGAGCAGCUAUUGUCAGCCGCUGGAACUGGCUUCAGGCUCAUGUUUCUGACUUGGAAUAUCGAAUUCGGCAGCAAACAGAUAUUUACAAACAGAUACGUGCUAAUAAGGGGUUGAUAGUUCUUGGAGAGGCACCUCCCCCGGAACAUGCAACAACAGACUUAUUUCUUCCACUUAGUUCUGAAGUGAAGACAGAUCAUGGGAAUGAUAAAUUGAUCGAGUCUGUUUCUCAGCCACUGGAAAACCAUGGUGCCUCUGGUCAUCCUUCAGAGUCAUUAUCUACCAAAUCAUGUGGAGCAUUGAGACCUGUCAAUGGAGUUAUUAACACUCUUCAGCCUAUCUUGGCAGACCACAUUCCAGGUGACAUCUCUGAUGCUGAAGAACAGUUACAAAAAAAGCAACGACUCAAUCUAGUUUCUUCAUCAACCGAUGGCACCUGUGUGGCAGCCCGAACACGUCCUGUGCUGAGCUGUAAGAAACGAAGGCUUGUCCGACCCAACAGCAUCGUUCCUCUUUCCAGGAAGGUUCACCGGAACAGCACAAUGCGCUCUGGCUGUGAUGUGAACCCCUCCUGCGCACUGUGUGGCUCGGGCAGCACCGUCACCGUGCCUCCAGAAAUUCACUAUGAAGCCCCUCUGUUGGAACGCCUUUCCCAGUUGGACUCUUGUGUUCACCCAGUCCUAGCAUUUCCAGAUGAUGUUCCCACGAGCCUGCACUUCCAGAGCAUGCUGAAAUCUCAGUGGCAGAACAAGCCUUUUGACAAAAUCAAACCUCCCAAAAAGUUUUCACUAAAGCACAGAGCACCCAUGCCGGGCAGCCUGCCAGAUCCAGCUCGUAAAGACAGGCACAAGUUGGUCACCUCCUUCCUCACAACAGCCAAGCUGUCCCAUCACCAAACUCGGCCUGACAGGACCCACAGGCAGCACUUAGACGAUGUGGGGGCCGUGCCUAUGGUGGAACGAGUGACAGCGCCAAAAGCAGAGCGCUUGCUCAACCCACCGCCACCUGUGCACGACCCAAACCCCAGCAAAAUGAGAUUGCGAGACCAUUCAUCUGAGAGAAGUGAAGUGUUGAAGCAUCACACGGACAUGAACAGUUCGAGCUACCUGGCGGCCGCCCAGCAUCCCCCACACAGCCCCCUGGUGCGACAGCUCUCCACCUCCUCAGACACGUCGGCACCCACCAGCUCUAGCCCACAGGUCACGGCCAGCGCGUCUCAGCCAGUGAGGAGGAGAAGGGGAGAGAGCUCAUUCGACAUUAACAACAUUGUCAUCCCAAUGUCUGUUGCUGCAACAACUCGUGUAGAGAAACUACAGUACAAGGAAAUCCUUACUCCCAGCUGGCGCGAGGUCGAUCUUCGGUCUCUGAAGGGGAGUCCUGACGAGGAAAAUGAGGAGGUCGAAGAUCUAUCUGACGCAGCCUUCGCCGCCCUUCAUGCCAAAUGUGAGGAGAUGGAGAGGGCUCGGUGGCUGUGGACCACGAGCGUGCCACCCCAGCGGCGGGGCAGCAGGUCUUACAGGUCAUCAGAUGGCCGGACAACUCCCCAGCUGGGCAGUGCCAACCCCUCCACCCCCCAGCCCGCCUCCCCUGACGUCAGCAGUAGCCACUCUCUGUCGGAGUUUUCCCACGGUCAGUCCCCGAGGAGCCCUAUCAGCCCAGAACUGCACUCGGCGCCCCUCACCCCUGUGGCUCGGGAUGCGCUGCGACACCUAGCCAGCGAGGACACCCGUUGUUCCACGCCAGAGCUGGGGCUGGAUGAGCAGUCCGUCCAGCCGUGGGAACGGCGGACCUUCCCGUUGGCCUACAGCCCCCAGGCGGAAUGCGAGGACCAGCUGGACGCGCAGGAACGGGCAGCCCGCUGCACUCGGCGCACCUCGGGCAGCAAGACUGGCCGAGAGGCAGAGGUGGCCCCCACCUCACCUCCUGCUGUCCCCAUCAAGAGUCGGCAUUUGGCAACAACGGUCACAGCUCAGCGUCCAACUCACAGAUGAGCGGGAGAUGAGAAUCUAAACAGACUCACUAACUAUUGGCAUUAAAGCUUCAGAAAUCUCUGCGUUUGAUAUUCAAACAUCAUAUGCCGGAAAUUUUCACAGUUUUUAGUGAAUUUAAGGAAUUUAGAUUCUACUUUGGUAUUUUUUGUUUUGAUUUUUGUUUUGUUUUGGUUUUGGUUUCCAUGUUUUGUUGUCACACACCUGAGCACUUCCUCCAAUUGGCAAACAGAAGUUCAGGAUAAGACCCCACUGGCCUGGUCCUGGCACGUCCUCUGCACUGUUGAAUCACUGGACUUAGCGAUGCUAGAUGAUCACCCUCUCCUCGCGCCUGUGGGCAGGGUGCACCUGCCAGGUGGGCAGAGGGGGUUGGGGAGGGGAGAACAGCUUGCUCUGGGCCCCGCCCUCUUCCCUCCCCUGCCAUCGGUGGUGGCCUGGCCCUGCGCUGGCCCUCCUGGCUGGGUCCCCCUUGGCCAUCUGUGCUAGAGCACCGCCACCAGAGCCUCUUGGCCAUAAUUGCCACCUGUUCUCACCAAGCUCUCAGUCGACAGAAUGGCUUCCCCUUGUCAUCCAGAUCUUGGAGACCUAGUUAGGGUUUCCUCUGCAUUUGGUCAUCUCUGUUCUGACUCCUUAACUGCAGUGACCUAGCUGCGGCUGCUCAGGUCCCCGUCCUGCCCCUUCGUGCCCUGUCGUC